CGUUACUUUGACUGACUGUUGGCAGAAGAAACACAGAUUUUUGUUCAUCGUCUGGUAAAAAGUUUAUUGUAUUCGUAUGCAAUUACGAUAAGUGUAAUUUAAAAAGGAAGUGUAUGUUAAAUUUCAAUAGCUUUCAGAUAGUGUUUGACAUAUAAACCCAACAAAAUGUCCUUUGCGGAGAAAAUCACAGGAUUGCUGGCGCGGCCGAAUCAAGCCGAGCAAAUGGGCGGCAUAGAUGCGCCGUGGUACAUGAAGUAUGGUGGAAGAUUAUUGGGUAUUGUUGGCGCUUUCUUCUGCAUACUAUUUGGAUUAUGGAAUGUCGUCGGCAUUCUACUGCUCAACGUUUCCUGCCUCAUCUCGGGCAUCAUACAAAUGGUGGUCGGAUUUGUAGUGAUGGCACUGGAAGCGCCUUGUUGCUUUUUCUGUAUAGAAUAUGUAAGCGAUAUUUCAAAUAAAGUAGAUGCACGUCCGUUAUGGAAUCGUGCCGCCUUCUAUUGCGCAAUUGCUAUACCUCCCAUCAUUUUGUGUCCAGGACUGGGCAGUAUUUUUGCAUGUGGUCUUGUAUUCGGAACUGGCGUGAUAUAUGGCCUCAUGGGAUUGGGCAAAAAAGCAUCGCGCGAGGAUAUGGCUGCAGCCGCAACAUCACCCACACAAAUGCCACCAGACGGUGGCCAAAUGCAAAUGGGCACCGAUCAACAUAUCACACUAAUGGAGGAUCCAGAUGUCUGGCGUCCCACAUAAACAAUUCGUUCCAACAAAACUUAGAAAUGCUCAUUAGUGCACGCUGCUAUUGUUAUGCAUAGCAAAUUAGUCUUCAAAAUAUUUCAUUUAGUUUGCCAAUAAUUGUGACGAUUCCUUUGAAACUCACAACUAUUGAGACAUAGAGUUUAAAAAUUCAAAUAGUCACUUGCCCCACCAGAUAAACAAUUUACUUAAACUAAAGGGUAGUGUAGUAUAGCAAAAUAAAACAAGUGUACAACAGCAUAAACUGAAAUUUUGCAGCAAGAAAUAUUUUUUUUUUGUUUUUGGGUUCUCUGAAAGUUAAGCUAUACAAACACAAAAGCAUAUAAUAUAUAUAACAUACUAUGUGUAUCAGUUUAAAUAUGUACAUAUGUACAUUCGUAGUUAAUACAAAACCAUUAUUACCUUAAAUACGAUACUCAGUUGACAACAACAUUCCAUUUAUAAAUAGUAACUGUUAUAUAAACAUAUUUACAAAAGUUGAGGAAGAUCAAUUUAAAUAAAAUUGUUGUUGUUAUUGCUAUAUCUGAUCUCCGAAAGCAGCAAUAAACGAGUACAUGUGUAAUAAUGCUGUACAUACAUAUACAUAGCACACAAUAUGAAGGAAAAUAAAAGCAAAAGUAAUAUGUAAACAAAAGAUAAGAGAAAUAUUAAUAUUAUAGUGCUAAAAAAUUGCGUCGUUACUUAGAAAAGCGUUUUAAGGUUUUGGUGUGUUGUUCAUAAACUUAUCAAUAAAAGCAAGUAUUAAAGUAUUGUAAAUUAUAAAUAAAUUAAAAGUGAAAAAUACAGUUAAUGUGUGUUGGAAAAAUAUAAUUUUAAUUAAAUUUUCAAAUAUUUUGUAGGUGUAUAAUGUUGAAAUCUGAACAAAUUUAACCGAUGCCGUUAUUCAUUCAGACCAUACAAUUAUGUAUAUGCGAAUAUAUGUAUAUGGCUGUACAUAAAUACAAUAUACAUAUGUAUUGGCAUGAGUUUAAACACAAAUUAAGGCAACUAAACUCUAAUACUAUGUUCAACGGUAUUUUUGUGAGCGAAUUUUUGGAUAUACCACAAAAUUUCAUCAUAAUCAUUUAUUUACAAAUGAGUUGUCAAAUUGAUUCUCUGUUUCUUUUUCUUCGGAAAUUUGUGACUGUAUUUGCACUAUUUGCAUAUACAUAUAUUUUAGUUUGACAUAACUGAGCUAUAGCUUAACUUUUCAGAUACGCUUUUAUUUCAAAAUUAAGCGCUUAUAAGCCUAUAAGAGCUAUUUACUUAGUUACUUUAAAAUUUUAAAUUACGCAUUUUCUGUGUUUUUCGAAGUUUAAAAUAAAAUUACCAUUUUCGUUAGAUCUUUUCAAAUACUCUUUAAUCAAAUAUCUAGUUGUGUUUACUGAAAUGUUCAUAACGUAAAUUUCUUAAUAUAGCAAUUAUUAAUAAUAUUCAACAAAACAGUUAGUGUGUAGGUUUUAAUUUAGGUGUAUUAAGAUUUGCUUUGACAUAAAUAUUCAAAGACUCAAGCAUAUGAGCAUGGAGAAUAUGAAAGUGCUCAUUGAAAACAAAUAAAAAGUAUUAAGAUUUGCUUUAAUCCUCGGAAGGCAGCAUGCGGCAACGUAAAAAACACAUUGUAGUCAAACUAAAGCUGGCGGUACACAGUUGCGAAUACAG